GGCAGCAGGAGCUUCCCACCGAAGUGUUUUUGUCCGGGCUGUUUCAGCGGCGACCGCGGAGGUUUUGGGGGUGCCCGCGUGGCUCUGGCGGCAGCGCUGGAGCGGCCGGAUCUGCUUUUCCUGCUGAAAAGGGGAUAACCGGCUGCGGGGAUAACCCCGACCGAGCGGCCAGGCGUGUUUGCCGGCGGCAUUGGGAAUUAAAAAAAAAAAAAAAAAAAGAAAAGAAAAGGCGGAAAAACGAAGAAAGCCGCAGCCGGAGGUUCCCCGGCGCUCCCUCCCCGGCGCUCGCCGUGUGUCCCCGCCGGUCCCGCUCCGGAAGCGGCGGCGCCCCCGGGCCCGCCCCGCUCCAGCCGGGAAGGGGCGGGAGCGGCGGGAGCGGCGGCAGGUGCCGCGGGCCGGCAGCGAGCGAGGAUGGCGGCGGGGGACCCGGAGCAGGCGCGGUACUGCGGGCGGCUCUCCUACCUCUGCCUCAAGCUCAGCCUCAUCACCUACUCCACCUUCUUCUGGAUCAUCGGAGCCCUCGUCCUCGCCGUGGGGAUUUACGCAGAAAUCGAAAGGCAGAAGUACAAAACUCUAGAGAGUGCCUUUCUAGCCCCAGCAAUUAUUUUAAUACUUCUGGGCGUUAUAAUGUUCCUGGUGUCCUUUGUGGGUGUGCUGGCUUCCUUGAGGGACAACUUGUGCCUUCUGCAAGCUUUCAUGUACAUCCUUGGUAUCUGCUUGCUGAUCGAGCUGACCGGUGGAGUGGUGGCCCUGAUCUUCAGAAACCAGACAAUCAAGUUUUUGAACGAUAACAUCAGAAGAGGAAUUGAGAAUUACUAUGAUGAUUUAGACUUCAAGAACAUCAUGGAUUCUGUUCAAAAGCAGUUUAAGUGCUGUGGUGGGGAAGAUUACAAGGAUUGGUCCCAAAACGUGUACCACAACUGUGGGGCGCCGGGCCCGCUGGCCUGUGGGGUGCCCUACACUUGCUGCAUCAGAAAUAAGACAGACAUUAUCAACACUAUGUGUGGAUACAAAACCAUCGACCAAGAGCGCUUGAGCGUUCAGAAUGUCAUCUACGUCCGAGGGUGCACGAACGCGGUGCUGAUCUGGUUUUUGGACAACUACACCAUCAUGGCUGGAGUGCUGCUCGGCAUACUGCUGCCCCAGUUCCUGGGCGUGCUGCUGUCCCUGCUGUACGUCACCCGCGUGGAGGACAUCAUCGCGGAGCACAAGCUGGGCGAGCGGCUCUUCGACGACGCGCGGCGCAGGCCGGCGCCCGAGCUCGGCAAGGCUGGCUGCUGCAUGUGCUACCCGGGGUGACCCUGGGCACCCUGAGAGCGGUGAGAGCCGGGCAAACCCUUCCCGGUCCGGAGCAGCGCUUGCUGGUGCCACGGUGCCCUCGGCGUGCCCACAGACGCCCCCAGCAAGGGCCCAGCGCCCUCGCGGGAUCGCUGCCGGGGAGGUGGGUUUGUGGAUCAUUAAAAUCUUCUUUUUGAGUGAUUGCUGAGCGAUAAACAAAGCCCAGGGCGACUGCUCUGGGGAGACGGGAACGUCGUCGGUUUCUGGGAAGCGCCUUUUCGCGCCUUGGGGAUGUGUCGUGUUUAAAUGGUUUGUCGUCUCCGAGCCUUAUUUUCUUACUCCUUCCAAGAGAGAUUUCUUAUGGAUCUACACAGUGAUUAUUAAACGUUUUUUGCUAAUCUUGGUGACUUUACUGACAAUGAUGGAUGUGAUGCCGAUCGCUUUCAUUGCUCAGUUUUCUGUGCCUUUGAAUAACGGGGCAGAUGCCAACGUGGAAUCAGUCAGGUAACGCUUGAUAUAUUUUUUUAAUGCAAUUUAUUACCGUCUGGAUUUUGUAUAAACUCACAAGAUGUUUUGAGUUUUGGAUGUACUGUAUCUUUCCUCUUUAGUAAAUUAACUGGGUGAUUUAUGACUUUCUGGGGUUUUUUUGGAGUUCUGUAUGUCAAAGUGUUUCUAAAUUUUGUUGUCAAAAUAAAAACAGUAAGUUGUUUUUCUUAAAAAAAACCAAACAAACCACAGAGAUUUUGUCUAAUAUGUUUUUCAUUUUCUUAUGUAAGCUAAGCCUGUCCCUCAGAUGCUGAGAUCCCAAGGUGGAAAUAGGUGGAGCUGUGAUUCUGGCUUGGGUGGUGCUGCCUGCCUGGGCUUUUGGAGAGGCGCUGAA